AAACUUUCAUUCGGCCUGACGUUUUGUCUCCUGUGUGUUUCCAGGUGUAUGAGAUCGUGGUGAUGCGCUCCGGCAGCUUUGACUCCCACCGCGUGUCUGUGGAGCGCCGUUACAGCGACUUCUCCCGCUUCCACCACAAACUGCAGGAGGAGUUCAGCGAGGAGCUGGAGGAGGUGGCCCUGCCCCGAAAACUCCUCAGCGGGAACUUCAGCCCUGAAAUCAUUGCAGAGCGACGCCUCGCCCUCCAGGACUACCUGGCUAAACUCUACGCCGUUCGCUGCAUCCGCCACUCUCCUCACUUCCCCACAUUCUUCACCGAGCAGGAGCAGAGGCGAGCGCACGGCCUGCUGCGGGCCGGACAGUUUCGGCCCGCCGCGGAGCAGCUGCAGAAGGUGUUGGAGGUGGAGGAGAAGCUGCUGCCGUGGCAGAGCCCCUCCCUGAUCGUACCCACUCUCUCCGCACUCGCCGUCUGUUACCGGGACCUGGAGGAACCAGAGCAGGCCUUCGCCACCGCUCAGAGAGCCCUGCCUCCGGUCAGACGCUAUGGACUAAAAGCCUACAGAGCGGCGCUGCUGGAGCUGCUGGUGGAUCUGGGCUACCAGCUGGGACGACCCGUGGCUCAAUUACAGGACGAGCUGACUGUCCUGAGGGACGCUGAGAGGGGCAGGGUGUCCCCCCGCUCUCUGAAGGAGUUAGUGGUCCAGCAGUUCCCCUAAGACUCUCAAGGAGUCAGCAGUCACACUCAACUUUCAAUUCUGGCCCGACAGGGCUCCUGGUGGCCCCCAGUCACUUUCUAAUUGACACUAAAAAUAAAUGGAU